AGGAGGCGCCGCCUCCGCGCGUGCGACGGAGCGGGGAAGGAUCAGGGAGGGAGGCGAUCGUGCUUGCUGCUACUGCUGCUUUGAUACGCUGCUAUUGCCGCUGCUGUUGCCGCUCCUGCUACUGUUGCUGCUGCUGCUACUGUUGCUACUGCUAUUACUACUGCUGCUGCUGCCGCCGCUCUCGCCCUGUUGAGCCAUGUGCGCGCGGGACGCCCGCAGACGCUCCUGGCUGUUGCUCGCCCUCGGCUGGCUCGGCGGAUUCUCCUGCUGCUACUUCUUCUCCGUGCACACGAAGACGUGGCGGCACGCGCCGGCGGACGGCCGUCGCGGCGGACCCCUGGGCCACAGCCUGGAGGCGUCGAGCCGCUACGGCCUAGACAACUCCACCGCGGAAGCGCUGAGCAAGAGAGUGCGCCUGCUGUGCUGGGUCAUGGUCGAUCCGAAGAGCGCCCCGGAGAAGAUCCCGCACAUCAAGGCAUCGUGGGCCAAGCGCUGCGAUGUGGCGCUCUUCAUGAGCUCCCAGGCGGAUGAUGUCUACGGCACCAUCGGCUUGCGGACGGAAGACACCGCGGGCGGCAACCAAUACUACAGAACCAUUGACGCCUUCAAGUACGUUCACCGGCACCACCUCCGCGACGUUGACUGGGUGCUCAAGGCCGAAGAUGACACCUUCAUCGUCGUUGAGAACCUGAAGCUCCUGCUAUCCAAUUACUCAGCGGAGCAGCCCAUCUUCUUCGGACGGAGAUUCAAGUACUUCGUGAAGCAGGGCUACAUGAGCGGGGGCAGUGGCUACGUGCUGAGCAGGCGUGCGGUGUCCAAGCUCGUGGAGGCCGUCGAGAUGAAGGCGUGCGACGACGAGGCGAAGGCGGAAGACGUGGGCAUCGCUGCAUGCUUGGAAAAGAUCGGGGUGGUGGCAGGGGAGUCCAGGGACCUGCUGGAGAGAGAGGCGUUCCACGGCGUGUUCCCGGAACAGCUGCUCACCUACGAGCAAGUUGGCCAACCUUUCUGGUACAGAGACUACUCAUAUCAUCCGCUGAAGCUGGGUCCCGACUGCUGCUCGGACUUCUCCAUCUCGUUCCACUUCAUGGCGCCGGAGUGGAUGUACGCAUUCGAGUACUUCGCCUACCACCUGCGCCCAUACGGCUACCAGCAUCGCCCCACGCCCAUUCGCAGAGAUUAUUUGUGGGACUCGUAUUAAGAACUCUUUAUGUGAAAGUAAUCCGUGAUCAAGCGGCGGAACUGCUUUUUGUGUUUAGUUUGUUUUCCUUUCCACCGCGCACCUCCGAUUAGCGCGGUUGGCUACAUACGAUGUGAAAGAAGAUCAACAUACAUACAUACACACAUAAAGACCCAUACACCCAU